ACAUGUGUGAAGAAAUUAGUAUGGUUCUUUUUGGACGAGCCGGGCAAGGAAAGUCAUCUAUUGCUAACAUGUUGAUUCAAGGUGAUAUUUAUCAAAAGGCAAUGUGUUCGAAAUUAAUGAUGGCGUUAUUGGUGAAACAGUUUCAGGAUCGUAGCCCGAUCCAGACGACCGAGAACAACAUAGCUCGAGUCACUUACAUCAUGCCAGUAGCUGGAACAGCAUACCAACUGAUUUCUUCUGACUUCAACGACUUUACGGACUGGGCACCAGAUACUCCAACUGUGGAUAACACGGAAUGGGUUUAUAUUUCUUCUUUAGCUUUGCUUAAGAUGUUAAAACACGGACGUGCCGAAGUACCUAUGGAAGUUAUGGGUUUGAUGCUUGGCGUUUCCAUAGAAGCGGUCGAUCCCAAAAAUGUUGGAUAUGUUGAAGCAAUCUGGACGACCCGAAAUGGUGGCAAAGUAGUUACUGAUGCUUUUCGCCUGAUUAAUCCUCAAAUGCUUAUGCUAGGUCAAGAGCCACGUCAAACCACUUCCAAAAUUGGACAUCUUAAUAAACCAAGUAUUCAAGCUUUGAUCCAUUAUUAUUCGAUUGCUAUUAAUUAUCGAAAGAAUAAAAAUGUUGCUCAAUUAGCACAAAAAAAUUUGGACCCAUGGAUUGACGCUGCCAAACUUUACGGAACACAACGAGAUCAAUGGAAAGAAUUUUUUUUUUUCGAUUUGCUUAUGAAAAAAUUUCAAACGAUGCUUACAUUGGCGGAAUCUUAUAAUAAAUCGGUACAAGAGGAAUCAACCAUUACACCUGAACAAUUGAAAACUCGACAUGUUGGAAAACAGGUUCCAAAGCGUCAUUUAGAGGAAAGUGUGGAAGAUGUUAUGUCCAAUAAUAUU